ACGAGGUCACAGAGGCGAACGAGUUGUCACCACUCCAGUAAAUUGCUCAACGUUAUGUAAAUGUAGAAUCUGUGAAAAUGACAAGCAGCGAUCAGGAGGCCCAGGAAAAUGAACUGUUAGCUCUAGCCAGUAUAUAUGACAGUGAUGAUAUAUUUAAGGCUUCCGAAACGGGAAGUGAACCCGGAGGCCAAUUUAUGGCUUGCUUGGAUCUGCCACCUUCAUUCUGCGUCAAGUUUGGAAUUUGGAAAAACAACCAUGAAGAGCACCAGCUACAAUUUCUUCCACCAAUUGUGCUUAACUUUCAACUGGUACCUGACUACCCUUCAAAGAACCCCCCAAAUUUUACUCUGUCCUGCAAGUGGCUGUCAAAGGAGCAGCUGACAAGACUAUGUAAAAAGCUGGAUGAAAUUUGGUUAGAGAAUGAAAAUCAGGAAAUUCUGUUUUUGUGGAUGAGUUUCCUGAAAGAUGACGCAAUGGAAUAUCUUCAAAUCCAAAGUCCUCUGGACCUGUCAAACAUCUUAUCGAAGAAAGCAAGAAAGUCGUCUUCCAUGAAAACAGAAAAAGGCAAUUUCACGACAUAUGAUAAAGGACAGGGUAAAAAAAUCAUGGACUCAAACUAUGACUCAAGAGCUGUGCAAGACAUUGCUUCACAAGAGCUCCUUUUACCAGCUUUGUUAGAGUACAACAAGGCGGAAAAAGAGGCUGCAUUUAAAAGGACUUUGUACGCGUGCAAUGUCUGUUUCCUGGAAAAGCUUGGGACAUUGUGCAUGCAAUUUUUAGAUUGCGACCAUGUGUACUGCAAGGAAUGCAUGAAGGAUUACUUCACAGUCCAAAUCACUGAUGGAAACGUCAAGGCAUUGACUUGCCCACAUGACAAGUGUCAAUCACAGGCACACCCUUCCCAGGUAAAAGAAUUAGUUGGAGCUGACCUGUACGCAAGAUAUGAUCGCCUGUUACUGCACACCACCCUGGAGACAAUGGCGGACAUUGCCUACUGUCCCCGCCCCAUUUGUCAGACCCCUGUAUUACUGGAGAAGGAAACAACAUAUGGGUGCUGCUCUGAGUGUAGUUAUGUGUUUUGUACUAUCUGUAAGCUGACUUAUCAUGGGGUGUCCCCUUGCAGGAUAAGACCAGGCAAGUUUUUUUUUUUUUUUGGUGAAAAAGGUUUUUCAACUACUGGGUGUAAUGAUAAGGCAUGUUACUGGUACCUAAUGAGGAGGGGUCAAAACACCCUGCCUCUUGGGUAG